UAUGGUUAAGACGAUGAAUAUAGAAACUAAAAAAAUGAUUGAAAAUGAGGCAGAAUUGAUCGAAGAAGAAGAACAAAAAGAAUAUGAGGAGGAAGAGGAAGAGGAUGAGGAUGAAUUGAGUGAAAUGAUGAAUAUUAGUACAAAUAAUUCGAUAUCUCGUUCAACCAUAUCAAGCUCGACUCAUAUGCAUGAUGGAGAAACAUUGAAUCGCUUAUCCGAUGCUGAUGAAUUAAUGAUUAAAUCAAUAUCAGAAACUGCUCAUAACAAUCGACCUCACAGCAGUUGGGAAACAAAUAAUUCUAGUUUCCCCAUUGAACGACGUCAUAUCUGUGGUAUUUGUGGAAAGGCAACACUUCAAGUUCAUGAGCGAACUCAUACCGGCGAAAGGCCAUAUAAAUGCAAAUAUUGCGAUAAAACAUUUGCUCAAUACGGAACGAAAACUGUUCACGAAAAAAGUGCCCAUCUUGGCAUUCGCAAUUAUAAAUGCCCGAAAUGUAGUAAAUGUCUUUCAUCGCCAUCAGCUUUAUAUACACAUAAAAAAACGCACGGAGAGAAAAGCCUGCAAUGUGAAUUUUGUCCGAAAACUUUUACGCUAAAAAAUUAUUUGAAAUUGCACGUGAAACAAGUUCACGAGCAAAACGAUCGUAAACAUCAAUGCCGUUAUUGCAAUAAAAGUUUCGCUUAUGCUGGUAGUUUGCAGGUUCAUUUACGAACACAUACCGGUGAAAGGCCCUAUGUUUGCAAAUAUUGCCCAAAAGCAUUUGCGAGCCAAGGUAAUCUUCAAAGUCAUGAGAGAACACAUACGGGCGAAAGACCGUACUCUUGUACUCAGUGUGGUCGAUCAUUUAUACAAAAAUCGCAAUUGACAGCACAUGAAGCAACUCAUCAAUAUCAAUCUUCUGAGUCAUCUUCUGAAACAAAUCAAAAGAAAUCGAAUGAAUACAUUUGCAAAUUUUGCGGGAAGCGUUAUGCUUAUGCUUCGUCGCUUUAUGUGCAUACAAGGUUGCACACUGGAGAACGGCCUUUUAGAUGCAGUUUUUGUGACAAAGCAUUUACGAAUCAAGGAAAUAUGCAGGUGCAUCAGCGUGUGCAUACUGGAGAAAAACCAUAUAAAUGUAACGCCUGUGAUAAAAGUUAUGCUCAGAAAGUUGGUCUAAAAAUACAUAUGGAACAAUGUUCACAAUAUUUAAAUGGACGACUUCUCAGUCCUGAAAAAGAAUCGGAAAGUGCGUCUUCGAUUGAUACGAUUCUACCUCAACUUUUAGGCAUUUCAAAUCAAGGUAUUGUUAUGUCGCCGCUUCAAUAUUCGAGUGCGAAUCCCGUUUGUUCUGCUGCAGAAAUGAAUGGCUCCUCAGUUGGUAUUAAACUGCCCACGAUUCCUGCAAAAUUAUCAUAUUCAUCUCCUUUGAUUUCAAGCGGUAGCUCACAGAAUGAAUAUAAUUGCCAAAUUUCGGAAAUUGAACCGCAGAAAACAUCGAAUGCCGACGAAAAAGUUUUGGUACCAUCGAAAUCGAUUGGGCAAUUAAACGAUUUAAAUUUUUCUGCAUUUCGUGGAAUUACGCCUGAUCCAUUCAAGAAUGCAAUGUUCGAUAUGAAUGACCCACAGUUAUUAUUAUUUAAACGAAUUAUAGACAGUGGAUUAUCGGCAACGAUGAUAUCACAACAAAUUCUCGUUCAUAAUCAACAACUUCAAUUUUUACUACAUUCGAUGAAGUCAUCUGAACCAUGGCGUAAUCUUUUAUCGCAACAAGCGCCGUUUAUACCCGCUUUCCCUACACCAAUUCCAGGUGCGAUCAUUUCUAACGCAUCGCCAACAGGAGUUCUACAAAAUGGGUUCACCUCUCCAUCCGUUAAGCAAGAAUCACCUAUGUUUGUUUGA